AACAGACUAUCCAAUCAUUAGUCUCACGAAGAAAACAUCGUAUGUCAGCACUCCAUACCAGCAGGACGCGACACUGGAAAAUAUGAUAUGCUCGUGCAUGGCCAAAACUAAAGGUGAAAGGUUACCAAAACGUCGACAAACACAAACGCGCUAGCUAGUCUGCUUGGAUUAUUUAAAAUGGCUAAAAUACAGUUGUUGAGAAUGUUUCUCAACCAGCGUUUAACAGCAGCGGCUGAGGAGAUAUUUGGGGCUGUUGAGAAAACGAUAGCAGAGUACCAGGAAGAAGUGUGUCGUUCAAAAGAGGAGAACGGCCGUCUACAGAGGCAGCUUGAUAUCGUUCUCAAACCACAAGAGAUACAAUUACAAAGGACAGACCUCCAGCAGCUCUCUCUCACUGUCUUCGAAGAGGAGGUUCCCACUGAGCAGCAACACUGUGAGCAGGAAUGGAGCCCCAGUCUGGGGCAAGAAGACCCAGAGCCCACUCAGAUUAAGGAGGAACAACAGGAGCAACACAGGACCAGUCAGGAGGAAGAGUUUCAUAAUGACUUCUUCAUAAUUAGCUCUAAUGACUGUGUGAAAAGUGACUAUGAUCAGGAAGAGGACUCAUGUCAGCCCUCACAUCUUUACCAAACCCAAAGUGAGGAAUAUGGACAGGGAGCCUCUCUAACAAGCAUUUCAACGGAACCGAUCAAAACAGAACCCGAUGGAGAGGGCUACAUGUCAUUAGAACCAACCAGGGAACCUCAGCCCCUCUCUGCGGUAAAUCCGGUCUGUUCUCCAACCCCAAGUAAAUACAGGGAAGGUGUCAUUGAAGAGGAAAAAGAACCUUGGAUUAGGUUUAAACCACUCAAAUCGAAGAAAGCACAGAAAAUAACAAGCCAUAGCUCCAGUAUGUGGAAAAAAGGAAGGAAAUCCUCAGAGUCAUCCCAUAUGAACCCACACAGUCAAAGCCUUACUACUCCCUGUUGGUGUGGUGUGUGUGGAAAUAAAUGUUACUCUGUGAGUUUUUUAAUAAAACAUACGCGAGAACACACAGAGGAUAUAGGCCUAGAUUGCCUUUGCGGUGUCUGUGGAAAACACUUUGAGUCCAAAGAAAUUCUGAUAGACCAUCUCCAAACUCACGUGAAAAAUCUUUUUUGUCACUUAUGUGGUCAAUGUUUCAACUGGACUAGUAAUCUGAAAAGACACAUGAUGAUUCACACAGGGGAAAGACCCCAUCGGUGCAGUGACUGUGGCAAAGGCUUCAGGUCGAGUGAUUGUCUGACAAAGCAUAGGAGGAUUCACACAGGGGACAAACCGUUUCCUUGCCCGGUUUGCCACCGUGGCUUUAACAGACGAGAUAACCUGAAAGUGCAUAUGAGAGUUCACACAGGGGAGAGACCGUAUAUGUGUUCUGAAUGCUAUAAAUGUUUUGCCACGUUAACGUCACUGAAUAAGCACCAGACAAUGCACAAUGAGGAACGACCGUAUGCGUGCAUCGAUUGCGGUACGCGCUUCAAAGCGCUUGAAUCCCAAAGAAGGCACAUGAAGAGUGUUCACAACAAGAAGGAGAAUACAACAUGACAGUGCCUUGUAUGGGUUAUGGUAUCAGAAGAUUGAGGCGCAUUCUAACCGCCAUUGGACCGGAGAACAACCCUUUAGGACAGACGCAUUGCAUUAUGGAAUCUGUGCCGUAGUUAACAUUACCUGUUACUUGUUAGUAUCCAUUACCCAUUAGUUUACCAAAGGCAAAUAGCAGACAGAGGUUAUAUACUGCUCAAAAAAAUAAAGGGAACACUUAAACAACACAUCCUAGAUCUGAAUGAAAGAAAUCAUCUUAUUAAAUACUUUUUUCUUUACAUAGUUGAAUGUGCUGACAACAAAAUCACACAAAAAUAAUCAAUGGAAAUCCAAUUUAUCAACCCAUGGAGGUCUGGAUUUGGAGUCACACUCAAAAUGAAAGUGGAA